UCCCGGUUCCGUCCGGCGCACUGAAAAUAAAGACGUUCUUGACCAAGAACUGGAACAAGAUGUCAUCUGUGCUCCAAAAUGUCAAAGCAACAGUGGCGUGGAGGAAACACCGGCUCCUAGCUGACCUCAAUGAGAAUGAGAGCCCAGUGCCUGACAAAUUCAAGAGAAGAGCCUCUCUGAGUUCUCUCAAUACCAUUCGCAUGUCUUUAAGGAAACGGGUACCAUUAAAGCAAGUCAAUCUGAGUUUUCAUAAAACCCCAACUAGGGAAAGUCUGGACCCAAGGCAGAGGUGCCAAACUCUUCACACUAUUAAAAGAAGAGCAAAACAUGCUUUUGGAGCAGUGUCCCAGAAAAUACAGAAGUCUUGCCAAAGCCCAGUAUGCUCAAUGGUGACCUUUCCAGCUGAAUCCAUCAGCAGAAGCUGUGCGACCAGUUCUACCAAAAAAAGAACUGCUACACCUGGGACACCUUGCUCUAAGAACAUUACUCCAGCAGCCAGUUCCAAAGGAACUCCAAGGUCCAGCAAAAGGGCCUUGCUUGGGCCAACAAGGGUGUCAGAACAUAGAGAAUGGAGGGAUUUCUCAUCCUGGCUUGGUAAAAAUGCUGUCUCUCUUCGGAGAUCCAGAAGAGCAGCAUCACUGAAGAGCCCUUAUUCAUCUGCUCCUUCCAGCAGAAAGAUAGAGUUUGACUGUGACUUGGAACUGGUCUCCUCAGGGAUUUGCCAGUUGAAGAGUAUCUCUCAAGCAUUCGAUGAUGCCAUUGUGAAAGAGGAGAGGCAACAAGCAAGAUCAAACUACUACUAUCUAAUGGCACAAAACUCAAAGUCUGUACAUCGAUCCCUGAAACCAUCUCAAGCUAUCAGAAGGCAAGCAAAGAAACUCCAUCAAGCACUUGGUACCUAGACAGAGAUGGCUGUAACUAUUUUUUCAUGUUUCCAAGUUUAUGAGCACAUAUAAGAGAGAGCCAUUACACUUUUUUUUUCUUUGUAUGAAACAGCUCAGGAAUUCCCUUAUUUCCUCUUUUCAAGUAAAGAGAGAAUCAAAGUAGUACCAACCACAGUGUAUUACCUCCACUGAGAUGAGGGAACUGUCUUGAAAGUGACUUUCAUGAGGUAGUGAGUACUUAGAAAAUGAUGCUGAACUGGCCAGUAAGAAUGGCCAAAGCAAGGGCUUAUGACAGACUUAUGAUGGGUAAUCCCAGGUAAGAGUAGUGCUUAAAUUGGUAUCCAGCAGC